GCUUUCGAAGAUACAGUCGAAGGUCCUGAUUCAUCAUUAAUGACUGGGUUUGAAUUCUCCCAUCACUCAGAAAUUAAAUAGUCACGAAAAUGUUAACACCGAUUACGAAAAUACAUACUCUGCUCCGAAAAAGUAGCCUCCGCUGCAGUGUAUACGCUAAUUGCUUAUAAUAUGAAAUAGAGGGUACCAUAAUUACGUUAUUCAACGUAGAUAAGCUCGUACUUCAACUGUAUUUUUCAAUAAUUAUAUCGGUACAGUUGGGUGAAAUGCAUAUCUUUCACCUCGAACCAAUCAGGUUAACCAUAUUCAUAACUCACUAGUUUAGAGGUCAACACAGAUGAGCGAAUUCAAGUUUACAGUGGAAUUUGCUUAUUUUCAUUAACAGGAUGAUGCAACAAUGAAAAAUGACGAAAAAUAUAUUUUGACAUUAGUCAUCUUUACCUUUCUAUUUGCAUGACAUUCCAGAUGAAGAUGGAAAAAAAAUUUCUUAUACCAUUGAAUUUUUGAUAGGUGUGAAAAAUGACAAGGACCGAACUGACUAUUGAGGAGGAACGUCAGUUACUUCUUCUUUUAGAAGGUGAUAUUUCUGAUAUUGAUAUGGAAGAAUCUGACGAUGAAAAUAAUUAUAGGGUUACCGAUCCGCCGGGUCCGCUUGUAGAUCAUCAUACUGAUCCUCCCAUCACCUCGACAAAUAUUGGGAUUGCAUAUGAAGUAGAUGAGAAAGACUCUGAAUCCGAAGACGAUUUACCAUUGGCACAUUUCCAGAAAAAUCGUAGUGAGAUUCAUGUGCAAUAUUUGUGGAAAAAUUUCAUCUAGAUCAGGAGAUUUGAACAUUCACAUGCGAAUACAUAGCGAUGAGAAAAACUUCAUUUGUAAAGUAUGUUUCAAACAAUUCAGGACAUCUUCAAAUCUCGGCAGCCAUAUGAAGAUCCACGUGAGGGAGUAAAAAUAAACAAUGCGUUUCUCUGAUAUCAUGGGAGGAACAUACAUUUUAAAACUUCCAAUGGUAGAUGACCUAAGAAACUGAAUUUGAAAAUGAAAAUUUGUACCUAAACUCUGAAGUUGUUAUACUUUUCAUCAGUAAACUAACUACAGAAGUAUGUUU